AUGGACUACGAUAGAUGGGUGGCGAUGGGAGAACGAUUGGGCUUUUCAGGUUCCGAGCUUAGUGAUUAUGUGGAUAGAAAAGAAAAGGAGUAUACUGAACGUGAGGAACGUAUGUUGAGACGGGAAGACGAGAGACACAGACGAGAUGAAGAAAGGCGGCAUCAUGAGGAUGAACAACGGAGGUUUGAGGCUCAAGAAGCUGAAAAGAAACGACUGUUUGAGCUUGAACAGGCUGAGAAGAAAAGAUUGUUUGAGAUUGAACGUUUGAGGGAAGAACGAGCUUUGAAAGAACAGGAGUUGGAGAUGCUUAAAAUAAAGGCUGACGCCGGAGCUUUGGGAGCGGAUAAAGGUGCUGAGCACUUAAGCAGUAAAUCAUUACGGCCAAGACUACCAAAGUUCGAAGAAAGUAAAGAUGAUAUGGAUCAAAGAGCCACAGCCUUCGACCGAGGUUCAGCCAGUGUCCCAGCCUACACAAAGAGAAAAGCCAGCUUUUAA